UGACUGGGACAGACAGCGCCACUCUUCAGCAAGUCAGAAACUACUACGAGUAGUAAGGCGCAAGUAAAACGAAGUGCAGAAACCUGCCUUUCUUUUCUGACCAGCCGAGGAUUGUGUGCACACUGAGAGAUGGGAUUGCACCUGGAGGAAAUGAAAAAGAACAAAACCAGAAGCGCCUCGGUCUUUUGCAACAUAAAGUUGUUUGUGCUGUGUCAUGGCCUCCUGCAGCUGACCCAGCUUCUACACAGUGCUUACAUCAAGAGCAGCAUCACCACCAUCGAGAAGCGGUUUGGGCUGAGCAGCUUCUCCUCCGGCUUUAUAUCCAGCAUGCAUGAGAUUGGAAAUGCAUUGCUGAUCGUGUUUGUGAGUUACUUUGGGAGUCGUGUCCACCGGCCGAGGCUGAUCGGGGUAGGGGGGGUCCUCAUGUCCCUGAGCGCGCUCCUCUUCACCUUGCCUCACUUCCUGUCGAAGCCCUACCAGUACUCCACUUUGGCCGAAGGAAACCACAGCAGUCUGUCCUCGGAGUUGUGCCAGCCGCGCGAGAACCCCCUACUGCUGUGUGUGAAGGCAGGUUCUCUGCAGGUCGGUGCCACCAAGAAGGAGUGGCUCCUGAUGGCAGCCGCUCAGCUGCUGGCCGGGAUUGGCUCUGUGCCCAUCCAGCCUUUCGGUAUCUCCUACAUCGACGACUUUGCAGAGCCAAGAAACUCUGCACUGUACAUCGCAAUCCUGUUCUCCAUAUCGGUCUUUGGACCAGCCUUCGGGUACCUGCUGGGUUCAGUGAUGCUGCGGAUCUAUGUUGAUACAGGCAGGAUGGUGCCAGGUGAGAAGGAGCUGAGCCCUGCUGACCCGCGCUGGAUCGGGGCAUGGUGGCUGGGGUUGCUGGUCUCUGCUGGCUGCUUGGCUCUCACUUCCAUACCUUACUUCUUCUUCCCACGCCACAUGCACAGGGACACUGGCAAGUUGAAUGACCAUGAAGCUGACAUUCUGAAGGAGGAUUUGAAGAAAGAGGAGGUCUCAAUGCUUGUCUUUAUUAAGAAGUUCCCGCGCUUGUUUCUCAGGCUGCUGCUCAACCCGCUCUUCAUGCUCCUGGUUCUGGCGCAGUGCAGCUUCUCGUCCGUGAUCGCCGGCCUCGCCACUUUCCUUAACAAGUUCCUCGAGAGACAAUAUGGCACAACUGUUUCCUAUGCCAACCUGCUCAUUGGUUCCAUCAACCUGCCAGCAGUGGCAGUGGGAAUGCUAUUGGGAGGGAUCAUCAUGAAGAAGCUGACUCUCUCACUGAAAGCCAUCCCCAAAUUUGCUAUCAGCAUGCUGCUCACCUCCAUCCUCCUGUGCGUCCCCCUCUUCUUCAUGGGCUGCUCCACACAGAAGAUCGCCGGGGUCUCCCACCCACCUCUAUACAACAGCUCCUCGCAAUGGAACCAGACGACUGGGUGUAACGCUGCAUGUUCCUGUCCGGCUCAAGCCUUCCAUCCAGUCUGUGGCUCCAAUAACAUUGAGUACUUAUCACCCUGCCAUGCCGGCUGCAGGAACUACCUCCCUGACAGCCAGCUCAGCAGAGUUCUGAACUACACUAACUGCAGCUGUGUGGAAGCGGAUGAGAGUGGCGGGCCUGGUUCAGCCCUCCCGGGGUCCUGUGCUAACGGCUGCUCACACUUCCUCCUGCCUGUCAUCUUCCUCAUCUCCUUCGCCGGCCUCAUAGCCAGCCUCUCCCACAAUCCCAUCUACAUGAUGGUGUUGAGACUCGUAGAAUAUGAAGAAAAGUCUUUUGCAAUAGGAAUACAGUUCCUGCUCAUGAGAUUACUAGCGUGGUUGCCAGCGCCGGCACUGUUUGGGGUAAUCAUUGACACGUCCUGUAUCGGGUGGAACAAGAGCUGUGCUGGGAAACUGGGGGCCUGCAAUUACUAUGACAACAACCUUCUGAGAAAUAGGUACCUUGGUCUCCAGAUGGCAUUUAAAGCCAUGGGGGUCCUCCUGCUGGCCCUGGCUGGGUGGAAAGUUCAAAACACCAAAGAGUACAGCUUUCAAAAAACAAGUGAUGGGCUGGUCUAAAUCUGAGCGCUCGCUUUCAUUAAGAACAAUCACAUCUCAAAACACAUCCGCUACAAUACGCGCUGAAGCCUUGAAUGCUGGAUUUGAACCGGCUCUCGGACUUGUUAUACUGAUGAGGUACCACAUUCUCUGGCCUCCAAACAGGGACCAGCGUUAACUCAGCGUUAACUCAGCGUUGAUACGGAUAAAAACACCAGCAGUCAUUUGUAGGGGCUCUUGGCAAGGAGCCCACAGUUUGAAUACCUCACAAUUAAAGCUCUUCUUUGGGGGGAUUGAUGAAUCACUAGCUAGUCUUUUACUCUGAAUUCUUCUAGGGGAUCAUUUGAAAGUAUUACUGCAUCUACAGUAUAGGCACCCUACAUUGGUUUUCAUGAGAAAGUAUGAAGAUCUGUGGUCCCACCUUUUCUGUAAACUGUGGAAAAGUAGAAUACACAAGUCUCAAUUUUCCGAGUUCACUGUCUCCUUCCCAACGAUCUUGUACAGCAGCUCUUCAAUGAGCUCAACCUGUGUCUGUCAGUACAAAGACUAAAUUGAAUACAUGUUUAAUAUGAACAUAUCUGUGCUGUUCCUUCAAAACAUGUGUUUCCAAAACAAAAACUGUGCUUCACAUUUGGGACUUUCAUUUUGCUAUGCAGUGACAGAUCUUAGAACUGUUCCCUGUAACCUCCAUAUUAAUGCCUCCAGUGGGUUAGCACCACAGAAUACAAUGCACAGUGAAUUAUUUGCCAGAAUACUUGGCAACCAAUCUAUCCCCCCCCCCCCCCCAAGUUGAGAGCCAGCUCUGCAAUGUAAAUGUGACCAGCUGGCUUUCAGGGUGUAAUACUAACCCAUCACGGGCCACGUACAUCUAGGGUGCUAUUAAACCUCUUGACUUGAUGGGACAAGUAGCAUAGACUAAUUCAGCAUUUCAUUUCAUUGUAUAACUUUGAUAUCACAUAUUUAAUACAACUGUAUUUCUGUUGAUUUCAAACAGAGCUGCUUCCUUACUUGUAACUGCCACACACACACAGACAGGCAUAUUGCAUAUCCUGCUAAAUAUAUGUGUAGCAUAAUCUUUAUAAUGCUGUAAAUAAAUAACAUUUGGAUUUGUAUAGAUAUGUGCUGGAGACAAAUGUACUGGACGUUUAGUCUUGGAGUGGAACCACAAAGUCCAGGGUGAUUUAAAGUAGCAAGGCCCUUUUUGCAUGGAAUUAAUCAUUAUGUAUUGGCAUGUGAAUUUACAACAGUAAUAGCAGAUUCAGUCUCCUAGAGGGUACAGUGGUUAUAAGGGGUCCCUGUGGCAUUCCACACCUUCCCAUCCUGCACCCGUUCAAUACAGUUGCUGCUUUGCCAUGCUGCGUGAUCUGCUCAUUUACAAUCACACUAUAUAUUGAAAUGAAGGACGUGGCUACCCUACUCUCCAGAACCAAAAAGCAGAUGCAAUGCUUUUCUUAAGAGACACCAGCCCGUUGCCUUGUGUCUCACAGACAGUGCUGAUAAAGGGUCUGCCUCUCUCCAAUAGCCCACUCCCUGUAUGUUCACUGGAUUGCAUUGCACUGCAUUUAUAAAGAAGGGUCAUUCCAUUGCACAGUGAUGCCUCUGGCAUACAAACUAACUGAAAUCAGGGUCUGUUUGUAAAACCAAUGUAAAAUUGUUCAUAUGAAAUUCAAGCAAAUUCAUGUUUUUUUGUUUUUUUUUAAAUAUAUUGCAAUAAAAACAAUUGUUCUAUAAACUGUC